CGCGACAACAGGUGGCGCAACUGUUACACAACAAUAAAGGAAAAGAAAAAGCGUAGUAGCAGUUUCCGCUUGAACUAAGCAGUGUGAGAAAAUUUUUAAUCAUGGACAUACGACCGAAUCACACCAUCUACAUCAACAAUGUUAACGAUAAGAUCAAGAAAGAAGAGUUGAAGAGAUCGCUGUACGCCUUAUUCUCCCAGUUCGGCCAGAUUAUGGACAUCGUUGCUCUGAAGACCAUGAGGAUGAGGGGUCAGGCGUUUGUGAUCUUCAGAGAGCUUUCUGCAGCCACCAAUGCCCUCAGACAGCUUCAGGGAUUCCCCUUCUACAACAAGCCCAUGCGAAUCCAGUAUGCGAAAACAGACUCGGACCUGAUCGCUAAGAUGAGAGGCACAUAUGGAGAUAAAGAAAAGAAGAAAGAGAAGAAAAAGAAAGCCCUGGAACAGGCGGCCAAUGUCAACAAGAAACCAGCGGGAACUAUAAACACACAACCUCCUCCACCUGCCACAGUCCAGGUCCCUGACAACCCACCAAAUUAUAUUCUGUUCCUGAAUAAUCUCCCAGAGGAAACCAACGAGAUGAUGCUCUCCAUGUUAUUCAACCAGUUUCCUGGGUUUAAAGAAGUGCGUCUGGUCCCCGGAAAGCAUGACAUUGCGUUUGUGGAGUUUGAGAGCGAGACUCAAGCCGGAGUCGCAAAAGACGCGCUACAGGGAUUCAGAAUCACAGCCACGUGUGCGAUGAAGAUCACUUAUGCCAAAAAGUGACCUGGCUCACACUCGUUUCCUGAGAAAUGCAGAUUAUACUGGACUGUAACUGAGGCAUUAUCAGUGGAUCCUCGGUUCUGAUUUGCAUUUGUCUUUUCAUUCAGUCUAAUCUUUUUUUUAAAAAAACACCUUUGUUCAGUGACUGUUUACUUUUUUUUUUUUUUUUUUUUUGUGUGUGUGUAUGGAAAUUAUUCGGUCACGGAGGGACAUUGAUAUUCUAGGACAGAUCUUUAUUUUGUACUGUGGACUAAUAAAAUUAGCCUCUAAAAUAAAAUAAAUGUCACCUUACCGUUUCAUAUUAUUGAUGACGUUUUUGUUUUCUGCUUGAUCUUAAAGGAACAGUUCACCCAAUAUUAAAAAGGCAUUAUUUACUCAU